AUAUCUUAUAAGGGUGACCGAUUAAUGACCAAUCACUCAAGUUAUAUUUCCUUUUCAAUAUUUAAAACGCGCCGUUCUCACUCCGUGAUAUAUUUGGAAUAUUAUGCUUUCUCGAGAUCGAUCUGUGUCUGGACCAAGGCCUGGGUUUUUCCUGUACCCAGAGUCCAUGCCCAUGCAUUUUUUGACUUCCUGUGUUCUUUUUGGGCAUGGGUUUUUUCUAAACUACAGGCCCAGAUCAAUAAAUCAAACCCAGAACGCAGGAACAGGCAUAUGCUUUUCAAUAACAUUAUCGGAAAUCUCAAAUUUACAAGAAUAUCGAGUACGUAAAGCUCAACACGUUAUUGUUAGAGAACUUGAUUUAAUUUUAUAUUUACUUUUUGCUAUUUUAAUUGUGCUUUAUGGAAUUCUUGCUUGGUCUUCAGGUUCUUGGACCCGCUCAGAUUUAUGGUCGUCCCAAUGGCCCCAAUGCCCUGUGGAAGAAUUUAGAAUGUUUUUUUCUCUUUGUGAACAAUUGGUUUUGUUUUAUGGAAUUAGAUUAUGUUAUAAAGCAAGAAAUAGCAGUUGGGUCGAACGCUAUCAAUUUACAAUGGCUGUUAUUUUGGAAGCAAUUAUUUCACUUGUAGCCUCUUCCAUUAGAUAUGCCCUAAAUGAGGUUGGUUCAAGAGAUGCACUCUUUCUUGUUGCUGUACUCCAACUUCAUUUAACAAUUUCUUUAAAUAUUGUAGCCAUUAUUGCUCCGAAAUUUUUGUUUUCAACAGAAAACACGGCUAGAGGGACUCUAAAUAGUGGAAAUGCUACAGCAAUAAUUGGAAGUAAUAGAGCACAUCCUUCCCUAGCCAAAAUGCGUGAAAAUUUGAUUAAUGGAACUAUUGACUUUCAAGAAGUGCCGAUUGUUGAUAUGAAUCCUGAAGAUAUUCGAGCCGAAUUAAAACGUGUUUACACCCAAUUAAGAAUGUACAAAUUAAAAAAUGCUUAUCAAGACAAUCCCCAUAUAUCAAAAAGGAAAGGAGGGGCCGGAAUAAAAAAAGUAGUUCAUCAUCAACAAUCAACAACAGAAUGUAAUAAUAACAAUAUUGGGGGAGGAAAAACUUCUAGAGCGGCAUCAGCCUCAGCAGCAAUUGACAGAAGAAUAUCUAUACCUCCCCAAAUAAUUAAUUCUUCUUCAAAUAAUUCCCCAAAUAAAUUUCAACAGCAACAACAAAAAUUAAUUGAGGAAGAAAAAAAUAAUGAUUUGACAGUAGAAUCAGCUCCUCACAAUAUCCAUUUGUUAACAACUUCGAGUAAUUCUUCAAUUAAAUUAAAUUCUCCAACAGAUAUUCCUUUAAUUUCUUCUUCUGAUCAGUCUAUAAGGGUUUAA